UAACCCCUGAAAGAAGGUUUAAAAUGGCUUCUGGUGAGAUUCAGAUUUCAGAUUACCAGCAACGAAAGUGGCAUCACUUAAGAAAAUUGUUAGAACGAUCGGGCCCCUUUUGUCAUCCUGAUUUUGAACCCUCAGCUGAAAUAUUGGAUUUUCUUAUGAAUUCGUGUAAAGUGCUGGUAGUUGGCGCCGGCGGCCUUGGCUGUGAGCUGCUGAAAGAUUUGGCUUUAAUGGGUUUCAAGAAGAUACAUGUUGUUGACAUGGACACUAUAGAAUUAUCUAAUUUGAAUAGGCAGUUUCUAUUUAGAAAGAGUGAUAUUGGUCUUUCUAAAGCUAAAUGUGCUGUGGAGUUUGUGAAUAAAAGGAUACCUGGAUGUGAAGCCAUUGCUCACCACUGUCCAAUUCAAGAUCUGGAUGAGGGCUUUUACCGGCAGUUCCACAUAGUUGUGUGUGGGCUUGACUCCAUUGUUGCUAGAAGAUGGCUGAAUGGCAUGCUGAUGUCCUUGUUGCAGUACAAUGAUGAUAGAUCUUUAGACCAGAGCAGUGUUAUACCACUAGUAGAUGGAGGUACUGAAGGGUUCAAAGGGAAUGCCAGAGUGAUCUUGCCAGGAAUGAGUGCUUGCAUUGAAUGCACCCUGGACCUUUAUCCUCCUCAGAAAACAUUCCCUUUAUGUACUAUUGCUAAUACCCCAAGGUUGCCAGAACAUUGUAUAGAAUAUGUGAAAGUACUUCAAUGGGCUAAAGAGAAUCCUUGGGGUGAAACUACCCCAUUAGAUGGCGAUGAUCCCCAACAUGUAGCUUGGGUGUUAGAGAAAGCUCAGGAAAGAGCUUUGAAGCACGGCAUCCCAAAUGUUACAUACAGACUGACGCAAGGAGUGUUAAAGAAUAUUAUCCCAGCAGUUGCUAGUACCAAUGCUGCUAUUGCUGCCGCAUGUGCUACUGAGGUUUUCAAGCUAGCGUCCUCAUGCUGCGCGAAUAUGAACAACUACAUGGUAAUGAAUAUGGCAGAUGGCGUCUACACAUACACAUUUGCUGCUGAAAAACGACCAGACUGUGUUGCAUGCAGUAAUACUACGAGAGUUAUGGAAAUACAAUCUGAUGCGACUUUGCAAAUGAUCUAUGACAAACUUUGUGAAGAUCAAGGGUACUUAAUGAAAAGUCCAGGUAUAACCACAGUAAUAAAUGGACGCAAUAAGACCCUGUAUAUGUCCUCAAUUAAAAGUAUUGAAGAGCGGACCCGUGAUAAUCUGAAAAAGAAAAUAACGGAAUUAGGUCUUUACAAUGGCGCCGAUAUUCUAGUGGCAGAUGUAACAACUCCCAACACCAUAACAAUAAAAUUGAAAUUCUUUGAUAAUACUGAUGUUGAUAUGAGUCGAUAAAAUUCUGUAAAUAGUAAAAAGGAGUGUUUAUAAAUAUUUUGAG